AUGUCUUCAGAUUUACAACAUUGGGCUCAAAUAUUGAGUAGUCCAACUCUCUCAGUAUUACCUCAUGAUUUCAUUCGUCCUUCUAACAACAAAGUUGUUGAAGCUAAACACAAUUUUUCAAUUCCAGCAAAAGCAUUAUCACAAUCUAUAAUAUCGAAAGUUGAAGGUUCAAAUGAAUUCAUCAUUGGUCUUUCAGUCUUUGCAGUUUUGAUCUAUAGACUAACUGGUGAUGAUGACAUUGUUAUCUCCACCGACUCUCCAAAUGGCGGUAAAGAAUUUGUCAUUAGAUUAACCAUUAGUCCAACUGUUUCAUUUGUGGAAUUAGUUGAACAAAUUACAAAAUUAUAUAAUGACAAUGUCAAUAGAGCUGUUGAUUAUGAUGAAUUAUCUGCAUUGAUCCAAAAAGAAAACGGUUAUGAAACUAAACCUUCUUUAUUCAGAUUAAGUUUCCAAUAUGGUAAUGCUCAUCAACAAUUAUCUGAAUAUGGUUCAAUUAGAGAUUUAUCAAUCUUUGUCAAUGAUGAUUCUUAUGAUGUCUAUUUUAAUGCUUUAUUAUACAAAGAUGAUCGUAUUUCAAUUUUGGCUGAACAAUUUAACCAAUUUUUGGAAGCUGUCGCCCAAGAUUCUUCAUUACAAGUUACUAAAAUAAAUUUAAUCACCAAAUCUCAAAAACAAAUCUUACCAGAUCCAACAACUGAUUUAGAUUGGUCUGGUUAUAGAGGUGCUAUCCAUGAUAUUUUCCAAGAAAAUGCAGCUAAAUUCCCAGAACGUACUUGUGUUGUGGAAACUCCAAGUUUCUUAACACCAGAAAAACAAGCUAGAGUCUUUACUUAUAAACAUAUCAAUGAAGCUUCAAACAUUGUUGGUAACUAUUUAGUUAAAACUGGUAUCAAAAGAGGUGAUGUUGUUAUGAUUUAUUCUUCAAGAGGUGUUGAUUUAAUGGUUUCAGUUCUCGGUGUUUUAAAAGCCGGUGCUACUUUCUCCGUUAUUGAUCCAGCUUAUCCUCCAGCUCGUCAAAAUAUUUAUUUACAAGUUGCUAAACCAAAAGGUUUAAUCGUCAUCAAAAAAGCUGGUGUCUUGGAUGAACUUGUUGAAAAUUACAUCAAAGAUGAAUUAGAUGUUGUUUCUCGUGUUCCUCAAAUUGAAUUACAAGAUGAUGGUUCAGUCCUCGGUGGUAAAAACUUGGAAGGUGAAGAUGUCUUAGCUGGUGUUUCAACAAGUUCAACUGGUGUUUUGGUUGGUCCAGAUUCAAACCCAACAUUAUCUUUCACAUCAGGUUCUGAAGGUUUACCAAAAGGUGUCUUGGGUAGACAUUUCUCUUUAGCUUAUUAUUUCGAUUGGAUGUCCAAGACUUUUAAAUUAAACUCUGAUGAUAAAUUCACUAUGCUUUCAGGUAUUGCACAUGAUCCUAUUCAAAGAGAUAUGUUUACACCAAUCUUCUUGGGUGCUCAAUUAUUAGUUCCAACUGCUGAUGAUAUCGGUACCCCAGGUAAAUUAGCUGAAUGGAUGGGUAAAUACGGUGCUACUGUUACUCAUUUAACUCCAGCUAUGGGUCAAUUAUUAUCAGCUCAAGCUACAUCUGAAAUUCCAUCAUUACAUCAUGCUUUCUUUGUAGGUGAUAUCUUGACCAAAAGAGAUUGUUUAAGAUUACAAACAUUAGCUAAAAAUGUUUUCAUUGUCAAUAUGUAUGGUACUACUGAAACUCAAAGAGCUGUUUCAUAUUUUGAAGUUGCUUCAAGAGCUCAUGAUUCAACAUUUUUAGAAUCUCAAAAAGAUGUCAUGCCAGCUGGUAAAGGUAUGUUGAAUGUUCAAUUAUUAGUUGUUAAUAGAAAUGAUACUUCUCAAACAUGUGGUGUUGGUGAAGUUGGUGAAAUUUAUGUUCGUGCUGCUGGUUUAGCUGAAGGUUAUCGUGGAUUACCUGAAUUAAAUGAACAAAAAUUCGUCAAAAAUUGGUAUGUUGAUGCUCAACAAUGGAUUGAUCAAGAUAAUCAAAAAAGUCAAAAUGAACCAUGGAGAGAAUUUUGGAAAGGUCCAAGAGAUAGAUUAUACAGAACUGGUGAUUUAGGUCGUUAUUUACCAGAUGGUAAUACUGAAUGUUGUGGUAGAGCUGAUGAUCAAGUCAAAAUUCGUGGGUUCCGUAUUGAAUUAGGUGAAAUUGAUACAAAUAUUUCUCAACAUCCUUUAGUUCGUGAGAAUGUUACAUUAGUUCGUAAAGAUGCUAAUAAUGAACCAACUUUAAUUUCUUAUAUUGUUCCAAAAACUGAAGUUGCUGAUUUAGAAAAUUUCAAAUCAUCAGUUGAAGAAUUAGAAAAUAAAGAUGAUCACGUUGUUAGUGGAUUAGUUGGUUAUCGUUUAUUAAUUAAAGAUAUCAAGGCAUUUUUGAAAAAAAGAUUAGCUUCAUAUGCUAUCCCAACAAUUAUUGUUCCAUUCCAUAAAUUACCAUUAAAUCCAAAUGGUAAAGUUGAUAAACCAAAAUUACCAUUCCCAACCACUGCACAACUAGAAGCUGUUGCUAAACAUUCAAGUGCCGACCAAGAUGAUUCUCAAUUCAGUGAAACUGAAGGUAAAGUUCGUGAUGUUUGGUUAUCAGUCUUACCUCAACGUCCAUCAACUAUUUCACCAGAAGAUUCAUUCUUUGAUUUAGGUGGUCAUUCAAUCUUAGCUACAAGAAUGAUUUUUGAAUUAAGAAAACAAUUAGUUAUUGAUUUACCAUUAGGUACUAUCUUCAAAUUCCCAACCAUUAAAGCUUUUGCUAAAGAAAUCGAACGUGUUCAAAAAGGUGAUGAUGUCGCCUUACCAGCUACUAGUGGUGCUGAAAAUACUGAUGAGGAUUUAGCAAAUAAACCAGCUGAAUAUUAUAAAGAUGCUCAAGAAUUAACUGAAACUGCAUUAAAAUCAAAAUAUGCUUCAAGAUUAAGUUUCUCUAAAAAUGAACAAAUCAGCAUUUUUGUCACCGGUGCUACUGGGUUCUUAGGUUCAUUCAUUAUUGCUGAUUUAUUGAACCGUAAAUCAAACAUCAAAAUCUUUGCUCAUGUUCGUGCCGCUGAUAAAGUUAAAGGUCUCGAAAGAUUGAAAAAAGCUGGUUUAACCUACGGUAAUUGGAAAGAUGAAUUUGCCUCAUCAAUUGAAGUUGUUUUAGGUGAUUUAUCAAAAGAACAAUUUGGUUUAGAUUUCCAAGCUUGGGGUAACUUGACUGAAACAAUUGAUGUUAUUAUUCAUAAUGGUGCUUUAGUUCACUGGGUGUAUCCAUAUGAUAAAUUACGUGAUGCCAAUGUUAUCGGUACUAUCAACGUUUUGAAUUUAGCUGCUUCUGGUAAGGCUAAGUAUUUCUCAUUUGUUUCUUCAACAUCAGCUUUAGAUACUCAACAUUUCGUUGAAUUAUCUGAUAAAUUACUUUCUGAAGGUAAAGAUGGUAUUCCAGAAUCUGAUGAUUUACAAGGUUCUGCUUACGGUUUAGGUUCAGGUUACGGUCAAAGUAAAUGGGCUGCUGAAUAUAUUAUCCGUCGUGCUGGUGAACGUGGUUUGAAAGGUGCUAUUAUUAGACCAGGUUAUGUUACUGGUGAAACUAAUACUGGUUCUUCAAACACUGAUGAUUUCUUAUUACGUAUGUUGAAAGGUUGUGCUGAAUUAGGUAAAUAUCCAAACAUUAAUAACACCAUCAAUAUGGUCCCUGUUGAUCAUGUUGCAAGAGUUGUUGUUGCAGCUGCCUUACAUCCACCAAAAUCAGAAGAAUUAGCUGUUGUUCAAGUUACUGGUCAUCCACGUAUCACAUUUAUUCAAUUUGUUGGUGCAUUGAAAAAAUAUGGUUAUGAAAUUGAAUUAGAAGAUUAUGUUACUUGGAAAUCAUCAUUAGAAAAAUUUGUUUUGGAAGGUACUCAAGAAAGUGCACUUUAUCCAUUAUUACAUUUUGUUUUAGAUGAUUUACCACAAGAUACUAAAGCUCCAGAAUUAGAUGAUGUUAAUGCUCGUACUUCAUUGAAAGCAGAUGCUGAAUGGACUGGCGUUGAUGCGUCAGCUGGUAGAGGUAUUGAUGAACAACAAUUAAGCGUUUACGUUGCAUACUUGAUUAAAGUUGGUUUCUUACCAAAACCAUCAAAAGCUGGCGAACCAUUACCAGAAGUUAAGUUAACUAAAGAACAACUCGAUUUGAUUACAUCUGGUGCUGGUUCUCGUGGUAGUUCAAAUUAG